CACAUGGGAGCUUAUGUAAUCGCGUGUGUGAACGACGUCCGCUAUAUAAAAUGCGGACGCGUGAAAAAAAAAACGUCCCUGCGAACUCGCGAUUAUUUAUAAAUAGACUUAAAAAUUAUCGUAAAUGUCGCGCGACUUUCUUUUUCUUUUCUAAAAUGACUUUAUACAUUAACGCGGAUAAUUCGAGUAAAAAUAAAUAAUUCUUGGAAAUAAAAAUGCACUGUGUGCAAAAAUUAUUGUAAAAAAAAAGUUGUAUAAUAAAUGGAGUAACUUUUAUUUGCAGAAUUUAUUUCAGUUCGAAUAAUCGAACUCCGAGUCUUUUCGUCGGAAAGUAAUUUUUUUCCGAAAAUUUACAGGAAUCGACCUUUUCAACGCGGCUAGAGAAUAUAACCUCUCACUUGAACUUUCAAGCAGUUAACCUAAAAGUACAAAAAAGUACGCGUCGAGUGUGUUGCGCUUCGCUGAAAAGACACGAGUAUUUUUACGAGCGAAUAUAAAUAAUCGAGGACUUGGAUCGUCAGCGACGUCGCGAGGGAAUUUCCGAGAGCGUUUCAUAUAACACUCUCCUGUAAACAAUCAAUUUUAUUCCGGGAACGAUGUCAGACGAUGAAGACUAUAUGUCGGAUAAAUUUCUACAAGAAAUUUCCGAACGACACGACUCGUCGAGUCUUAUACACAGACAUUCUGACAGAAGGGAAUUUGCAUUAAUGAAGAAAAAGGCUGAAAUUGAAUCUAGGAUGAAGGAGCAGAACAAGCCGAUGCGAGUAGUCGAGGCUGAAAAAAGGGAGGAAGGCUUGUCGUCUGCUAUUACCAGCGCAAACAAAGGUUUUGAAAUGCUGAUGAAGAUGGGUUACAAACCCGGUCAGGGAAUAGGCAAGACUCAAUCGGGAAUGACCGAGCCGAUUCCCGUGGAAGUGAAGGCGGAUAGACAGGGUCUGGGCAAAACGCUGCUGAAGAAGGAUUCGCGCAAGCGUGGGAACGCAAGUGCAAAAUUAGAUAACAUGAACACCAGAGAUUUCCGCAGCAGGAUAGCCCAGGAGAAGGCGGAGCAGCUGCAGAGGUCCGACCUGUACAAAAGUCGGAAGGUGUGUCAAGAAUUGGAUGCUAAGGAAAACAUCGAGAAGCCUGAAGAAUCGUGGUUCUGGCCGGAGAGCAAAGAAGAGAAGGAAGACGAUGACGCUGACGCUGACGACGACGACGAAGACGACGACGACGACGACGACGUCGAGGACGACGAAGCUCUCGAUGAUUCAGAAAAACUUGACAUUCUCACGAGAUAUUUACGAAGGAAGUACUUUUAUUGCAUCUGGUGCGGAACGAAGUUCAACGACGAAGACGAUUUAAGAGACGAGUGCCCGGGAAGUACGAGAAACGACCACUGAACAUGAAUGUUAAAAAUAGA